CACUGAUGAAUAAUGUAAGAGUGAGAGUCAAGGAGACAGUUCAGUGACAUGUGGACCACGGCCAUGAAGACCAUCUCAGGAUGUGAGAUCGUGGAAGGAGGCGACAUGGAUCUGUGCAGCGUGACGUGUCUGAGGAUUCUUUUCUCUUCCUAUCUCAUCUUGCUGCCGCUCACAGCGAGGUGCAAGCCCGUCAUCUCCCCCAGUGGGCCCCACAUCGUGGUCCCCAAGAGGGGCCGGCUGGAGCUUCGUUGCCAUGACAACGCCACCGCGUCCGGGCUGAGGUGGCAGCGGGACAAAGCUCGCCGACUGGAGGGGGAGGCGGAGGAAGGGGGCGUGGCCGUGGUCAAGGUGGCUGCCGUGCAGCCCUACCACAUGGGCCGCUACGUGUGCGUCAACAACAGCACGCGGGAGAGCAGUUCCAUCUACGUCUACGUCAAAGACCCCGCCCACGCCUUCCAGCGCACCAUGGUCAGCGUCAUCCUGGUGAGGGCCGGAGAGAACUGCACCAUCCCCUGCCUGGUCACUGACCCCCAUGUGACCCUGCUGGCCCUGCACACCUGUGACGGGCGACCUUUGCCCUCCGCCAUGAAGUACUGGACCCAGCGCGAGGAAGGCGUUACCGUCGGCAACGCCCAGAAGGACUUUGAGGGAUGCUACGUCUGUGUGGGCCGCAGAGGUGACCUCAACCUGACCUCUGGACACUACACUCUGGACGUGCGGCAAGUUCCAGAGGAGCUCCCGGUCCUCACCUUGUCCCAGAGGGGCAAGGUCAUCUUGCGGAAAGGAGAGAAGUUGGAGCUGACUUGCAGCUCCGCCAACGUCAACCCGGACUUUAAGGUCAGGUGGGACUACCCUUCCACCGCGCACCCAGAGGAGUCCCACAGCUCACACAUCCUGUCCGGUUCUCACGGUUACCACCGGGCCUCCCGGCUCUUCACCGCCUGGGUGGAGGGGCCGGACUCGGGGACGUACCGCUGCUCCGCCCACAACGAGAAAGGCGGCAGCUCGGCGGUUCUCCAGCUGGACGUGUAUGAUAAAGGGUUCAUCACCAUGUUGGGUCUCCCAAGUCCUGCACGGGCUGAUGUUCAAGAGGGCGAGAGUCUGAGUCUCCGAGUGGAGUUCGAUGCCUAUCCUGCUCCGAGAUCCUUGUUCUGGUCUCACAAGAACCAACGACUGCUCAACACCAGCGAGCAUGUCAUCACCGUCCACCAACACACAUACAGGUUCGUCAGCGAGCUGAGACUGGUGAGGGUUCUCGGCUCAGAAGGGGGCGUCUACAAGUUCUUCGCCAGUCAUGAAGACGCAUCUGUGGAACACUUCUUCCAAGUGUAUGUCAACAGUAAGCCAGUCAUCAUCGCCCAGGAAGGACCAGUGGACGGUCAGGUGAAGUGUGUGGCUGCUGGUCAUCCAGUUCCUAAGAUCAGCUGGUACCUCUGUGACCUCCCUCACACCAGAUGCUCCAAACUGCCCAACGCCACCCAAUGGGAAACGGUGGACGUCGCCAUGGUGACAGGCUCCACCUUCGGCAGGAGCCAGGUGGAGAGCCGACUGAACGUCAGCAAGCAGCACGCCCACUUCCACACCUUGGAGUGUGUGGCCUCCACCGAUACUGAGGAGGUCUUCACCCUCUUCUCCAUCAGCGAGCGCCUGGUCCCCCAUGAACUCUUCACCCCGCUUCUAAUCAGCAUCGUGGCCACUGGCGCCGUCCUCUGCCUCUUCCUGGUACUGCUGCUCUACAAGUACAUGCAGAAACCCAAAUUCCAGAUCCAGUGGAAGGUGAUCGAGAGUAUCCAUGGCAACAACUACAUCUACUUUGACCCCACCCAGCUGCCGUACGACUCCAAAUGGGAGUUUUCUCGGCAGAAGCUACGCUUCGGGAAGACCCUCGGCGCCGGCGCCUUCGGGAAGGUGGUGAGGGCCACAGCGUACGGCCUGUGCUCGGGCGACGCCCUCACCACGGUCGCCGUCAAGAUGCUCAAACCCAACGCCCACGCCACCGAGAAGGAGGCGCUGAUGUCGGAGCUGAAGGUGCUCGGUUACCUCGGCAACCACGUCAACAUCGUCAACCUGCUGGGAGCCUGCACGGUCGGAGGUCCCAUUUUAGUUAUCACCGAAUACUGUUGCUAUGGCGACCUCCUCAACUUCCUGCGCAGGAAAAGAGAGACCUUUCUGAAUUCCCAAACUGGGGACGGCUACUACCGCAACGUCUCCGAGCAAACUGAGCCAUCAAGCCAGGUGUCAGGGACAGGAUAUGUGCCGAUGCGUCCAUCUGACAAAGACAGGUCCUCUCAGUCAGAUGAUGUAGAGGAGCUUUCUCUGGAUGCUGAAGAUCUGCUCAGCUUCUCCUACCAGGUGGCCAAAGGGAUGGAGUACAUCACCUCUAAGAAUUGCAUCCACAGAGACCUGGCAGCCAGGAAUGUUCUCUUGACUCACGGCAGGGUGGCCAAGAUCUGUGACUUUGGUCUGGCCAGGGACAUCACCAGCGAUUCUAGCUACGUGCUGCGAGGAAACGCACGUCUGCCAGUCAAGUGGAUGUCUCCUGAGAGCAUCUUUGACUGCGUCUACACCUUUGAGAGUGACGUCUGGUCCUACGGCAUCCUGCUGUGGGAGAUCUUCUCUCUGGGUAAGAGUCCUUACCCCGGCAUGCAGGUGGGCUCUGCAUUUUACCGACUGAUCCAGGAGGGCCACAGGAUGAGCAAGCCCCAAUUUGCACCCACUGACAUAUACGACAUGAUGGUCUCAUGCUGGAACCAGGACCCCCUGAAGAGACCCCCUUUCAGAAAACUGGUGGAGAGGACUGAACUCCUUCUGUCAGAAAAUACCAGGAAUGUUUACCUGACGCUCAGCAACACUUCAGCUUCCUCGGAGCAGCAAAGGGCGCCAUCGCGGAGACUUAGCUCAGUGUGUAGCACUACAGCCCCCACCCAGCCGCUACUGCAGAACACGGCUGACGUCUUCCUGGACUACGUCUGAAGGACAGCAAAGUCACAACAAAAGUUGCCUAAGUGCAGAAAUAUCUUUGCUUUUGCCAACAUUUCAAAUACUUUUUUAAGUAGCGUCAACUUCUUUAGUCCAGUUGUCUGCUUCAAUGUUUGCAUUCAGUUCUGCAACUUGGUUGUAGAAAGCAGCUGCACACGUGCACAUCCAUCUUUGGAAACAUUUUAAACACGCACUGAGCUUUCUGUGACACGCAAAGUGUUUACGCUUUUCUGCAAUAAGUGUUGUGUUGUUGUGUGUGUGUUGUGUGCAGCAUACGACAUAAACAUAAACACUAGACUGGGGGAGGGGAUUAGACUGGAAUUAUUACACAACAUUGUUAGCUGACAUCAGCUUUAAUCCUGUCAGACUGGGCUAUCUCUGAAUAAUAAUAAUAAUAAUAAUAAUAACAUUAGGGAUCGAUGAGCCAGUUGCUUGGUAACUAGCUUAGUUCAGCAUCCUCACUGGAAACAAAAUGCACUGAUUAUUUGUGUUUACGUCCUAAAAUGGCUUGUUAGCAACAUUAUCUUAGCAUCAAGUUCAGAAACACGCGCAGCUUGUUUCCGUUUCGUACCCCUAACAAUCUUAGCUUAGCCGCAAAUACAGAAAGUUUCAUUUUUGUUUUUGUUUACUUCCCACAGCGGCUUGUUAGCAACUUUAGCUUAGCAUCAAUACCCCUUAGCAACGUUAUCUUAGCAUCAAGUCCAGAAACACACCUAACAACCUUAGCUUAGCCGCAAAUACAGAAAGUUUCAUUUUUGCUUUUGUUUACUCCCCAGAUUGGCUUGUUAGCAACUUUAGCUUAGCAUCGACACCCCUUAGCAACUUUAGCUUAGCAUCAUGACCACAAAGACAGAAGAUGUACUGAACCAUUUUUGUUUACUCCCUACAACGACUAGUUAGCAACUUUAGCUUAGCAUCGAUACCCCUUAGCAACAUUAGCUUAGCAUCAUGACCACAAAGAGAAGAUGCACUGAAACAUUUUUGUUUACUCCCCACAGCGACUUGUUAGCAACUUUAGCUUAGCAUUGAUACCCCUUAGCAACUUUAGCUUAGCAUCAUGGCCACAAAGACAAAAGAUACACUGAACAAUAUUUGUUUACUCCCCAGAUUGGCUUGUUAGCAACUUUAGCUUAGCAUCAUGGCCACAAAGACAGAAGAUGCACUGAAACAUUUUUGUUUACUCCCCACAGCAACUUGUUAGCAACUUUAGCUCAGCAUUGAUACCCCUUAGCAACUUUAGCUUAGCAUCGAUACCCUUUAGCAACUUUAGCUUAGCAUCAUGACCACAAAGACAAAAGAUGCACUGAACCAUUUUUGUUUACUCCCUACAACGACUUGUUAGCAACUUUAGCUUAGCAUCGCUACCCCUUAGCAACUUUAGCUUAGCAUCAUAACCACAAAGACAGAAGAUGCACUGAACCAUUUUUGUUUACUCCCUACAACAACUUGUUAGCAACUUUAGCUUAGCAUUGAUACCCCUUAGCAACUUUAGCUUAGCAUCAUGGCCACAAAGACAAAAGAUACACUGAACAAUAUUUGUUUACUCCCCAGAUUGGCUUGUUAGCUACUUUAGCUUAGCAUCAUGACCACAAAGACAGAAGAUGCAUUGAAACAUUUUUGUUUACUCCCCACAGCGACAUGUUAGCAACUUUAGCUCAGCAUUGAUACCCCUUAGCAACUUUAACUUAGCAUCGAUAUCCCUUCGCAACUUUAGCUUAGCAUCAUAGCUACAAAGACAGAAGAUGCACUGAACCAUUUUUGUUUACUCCCCACAGCGACUUGUUAGCAACUUUAGCUUAGCAUCGAUACCCCUUAGCAACUUUAGCUUAGCAUCAUGGCCACAAAGACAGAAGAUGCACUGAAUCAUUUUUGUUUACUCCCCACAGUGACUUGUUAGCAACUUUAGCUUAGCAUUGAUACCCCUUAGCAACUUUAGCUUAGCAUCAUGGCCACAAAGACAAAAGAUGCACUGAACAAUAUUGGUUUACUCCCCAGAUUGGCUUGUUAGCAACUUUAGCUUAGUAUCAUGGCCAGAAAGACAGAAGAUGCACUGAAACAUUUUUGUUUACUCCCCACAGCGAUUUGUUAGCAACUUUAGCUUAGCAUCGAUACCCCUAGCAAAGUUAAUCAUUAUUUCAGGUUAAACACGUAAUAUUUAAGUAAUAUUGUUAGAUGUUUUUGCUUUGCGACAAGACCAAGAAACACUAAUGACUGAUAAAGUUUGCAGCUUGCUAGCUAGACAAUUUUUUUCACAUUUAAUCCGCCAAAUAAUUUGUCACUUUAGCUUCAUUUCCAGAUUAGAAACACACAGAAAUCCCUGAUUAUGUUUAUUUAAUCAUCUAAGCAUCUUGAUAGCUACAUUGGCCUUGCAUCAAUACUCCAAACACAAAAUAGACGACUUCCAUCUUUUUAGUUCGUUUACCAAAGUAUCUCGUAAGCAACCUUAGUUUAGCAUCAAACUACAUAGAGCUAACAUUUUUUUGUUUAAUACCUAAAUUAGCUCGUUAGCAACCUUAGCUUAGCAUCAAAACACAGAUAGUUAACAUUUGUUGUCAUUUAUUAGCUAAUUUAUUUGGUUAGCAUCCUAAGCUUAACAUCAAAACACAGACAGUUAACCAUUUUUUGUUCAAUACAUAAAUUAUCUUGUUAGCAAACAUAGCUUAGCAUCAAAACACAGCUAGCUAUCAGAAAGCUAUUUUUUCAUUUAAUACCAUCUUUAUUUUGUUAGUGUCCUUAUCUUGGCAUCAGAACACCCAUAGCGAGCUAUUUUUUUUACAUUUAAUACCUCAAUUAUCUUGUUAGCAUCCUUAGCUCGGCAUCAAAACACAGAUAGUUAACCAUUUUUUUUGUUCAAUACAUAAAUUAUCUCGUUAGCAAAUUUAGCUUAGCAUCAAAACACAGAUAGUGAACAGAAAGCUAUCUUGGCGUCCUUAUCUUGGCAUCAAAACACACAUAGCUAGCUAUUUUUUUCUGUUUUGUACCUCACUUAUCUUGUUAGCAUCCUUAGCUCGGCAUCAAAACAUAGAUAGUUAACCACUUUUUUAUCAAUACAUAAAUUAUUUUAAUAGCAAACUUAGCUUAGCAUCAAAACACAGAUAGUGAACAGAAAGCUAUCUUGGCGUCCUUAUCUUGGCAUCAAAACACACAUAGCUAGCUAUUUUUUUUUUCUGUUUUGUACCUCACUUAUCCUGUUAGCAUCCUUAGCUCGGCAUCAAAACACAGAUAGUUAACCUUUUUUUUCAAUACAUAAAUUAUUUCAAUAGCAAACUUAGCUUAGCAUCAAAACACAGAUAGUGAACAGAACGCUAUCUUGGCGUCCUUAUCUUGGCAUCAAAACACAUAGCUAGCUAUUUUCCCCCCGUUUAAUACCUCAAUUAUCUUGUUAGCAUCUUUAGCUUGGCAUCAAAACAAAUACAGCUGACUUCAUUUUUGUAUUGUUUGUUAAUUGAAUACCUCAAUUAUCUUGUUAGCAUCCUUAGCUAUUAGCAUCCAAGUAAAGAUAGGUGACUCGUUUUUUUUCCAUUGAAUACCUAAAUGAUCUAUGAAGCAACCUUAUCUUAUCUCGAGCAGAAAUACACAAAAGUAAUUAUGUUUAAUCACCAAAGCUGCUUGCUAGCUGCAUUAGCUUAGCAUCAAAACACUGAGCUAGCUGACUUUAUCGUUUUAGUUCAAUCAUCAAAGUAAGCUUGUUAGCAAGCUUAGAUUAGCG